AUGUUUCUUUAUUUUAAAAAAAUAUCAUCUUUCAUUCCCUUUUAUCUUUCACUCCCGCAUCCCUCUUUUUUGCUUUUGGGGGCAAUCACUAUGGACGUUUUUUCUUUUCUACUCUUCCCUCUUUUAAUUGUUUCUUGCUGCACUCUUCCUGUGAGGGGUGCCGUGUGUUUCCCGCCCAACUGCUCCACUCGCACACCCACCGACACGCUCAUGACGACGGCCCUGUGCGCCUCGCCUGCUGCACGCAUGAGGAGGGGCCGCGACGAACGGCGCGCUGAGGGAGCCGUGACGUGUGGGCGUGCGACGAGGGCCUGUGGGGCGGAGCACACAUUUCUUUCCCUCUUGUUUUGUUUUCUUUGCGGCCAGGGCGGGCAGACACCCGCAGCGCCACACACACACAGCCACACCCUGCCGGUUUUUAAGAUUUUUUGCUUUUUGUGUGCAUUUCACGCGCUGGCAGUGCAGUCAGCAUUUCUCUCCCCUCCUGAUGAUUUUUCUUUUUUUGCUGCGCUCACUCCCCGAUGGAGUGACGCGACUCCCGUCAUGUCUGCGUGCUUCUCUCAGUCCCCACACACACACGAGUGA